AUGUCUUUAGAACGGUCUGACACUACUACACGUCCUACUACCAGAGAAUCUCGACAAACAGUCAGCAGACGGAGGACCAAUGGGAGAGCAUGCAUAGCCUGUCAUCAACGCAAAGUCCGCUGUGAUAUUCUCGAAAAUGGAACGCCAUGUUCUCACUGUCAGUCACAAAACAAGUCCGAUAGCUGCAUGAUAUACGAAAAGAAAAGGACUAGGUCUUCCCGUGUGGCUAUUACACGUCCUUCAAGCCACGUCCCUCUUCAACCUCGUCAAAUUGAACAGCAUCAACAACAGCCACUUCAGUCUGGCCAGCAAUGCCUCACUGCUCCAGCUACUCCAAGCGCAACGAGACUCUGGCCAGAAAUCUCCGUUGAUCCUAUCGCUCGACCUAGUUCAGCAGUUGGGUAUCAACACCACCAUGACUCCCCUUUGACGAUGCAGGACUCUGCCGAGAACGAAGAGACGUAUGAGACGCGUAACCUCGCAGACUUUAUAGGGCAGGAUCUUCCCAAGAUAGGCGAAAUAUCCAGGUCUGAACGUCUCUUCUUCAUCGGCACUGAGUUCUCCAACCUCAACUACCUCGUACGUCAUAGAGCGUUGAGAAUGGAUCAAAAGGAUGUCAUGCACUUUGGUACACGUCGACUUGCUCGGAAAAUCCCAUCUGUGCCUGAAGAAGCUCUGAAGCUACCCCCUAAAGCACUGGCCGAUGUGCUCGUCAGGGCUUACUUCGACCACGUCAACCGUGGGUUUCCCAUUGUUGACGAGGAUGAGUUCAUGGAGAUAUACAACGGAUCAGAUGUACCAAAAUUGGUAUCCCUCCCCUUGUUAAAUGCAAUCUUUCUUGUGGGCGCACAUGUCCUAUCAUCAACUCGUGAGGAUUGCCGUACCAGCACACAUACCUUCUUCCGUAGAGCCAAGCUCCUAUUCGACUAUCGCUUUGAGCAGCAUCGCGAGACACACCUCGAAGAAUCAGACACGCCGAUGCUUGACGAAAGCCAUUUCCAAGGCAUCCCUGAUGGGAAUACGGCUUUUGCCAUCGAACAUACGAAGCUCUGCAUAAUCUUCUCCAGAGCUAUGAAACGACGGGUGACGUUGAAAGCCACGGAAGCUGAUCGAGCUGCAGCGACGAAACAAGCUGACGAAGAACUUGCCGAGUUUAUAACUCAACUACCGCAGAGUCUGCAACUACCCGCUUCCGAACCGAAUAGUUGGCAGGCCACUCUCCAUCUUUCGUACAAUAAUUUCCUCAUCCUCCUUCACCGACCUCGGCCUCAUCAGGAACCAAGCCAGUUCUCCGCCGAUUCUGCCACGAAUCUCAGUAUCUGUAGUGACGCCGCCGUGACUAUAAACUCCAUAUUUGAAUCCCUCCGGUCGAGAAAAACGCUAUGCGAUUUGUGGAUGCCCUCGAUGCAUGUCUUGUUUACUUGUCUUUUGCAUGUUGCCACCGAGUUAAACUCGCCCAACCCCCUUGUCGCUGCAAAGUCAUCACGCAUGUUUGACUCUCUUUUACAUACUUUGCGCGAAAUGUCACAGUAUUGGAUAUACGCCAAGAGCCUUCUACGUCUCUUUGAAGAGCGGGCGAUGUGGACUAAGAGACCAAGUCGCACACAAGAACCUAGACAGCGAACAUCGCCGGAUACUGAUAGCGCUAGCACAUCUGGAUUUCCCCUUGGACCAAAUCCUCUUGGUGACCCCAGCAGUAUUCAAGAUGCCAUGCAAAUACCAGGAGGGCCAGCUUAUGGCUUUAAUUUCGACUUUGGCGGCGGUUUGGGGAGUCAAGAUGCACAACAAGAACUCUCGUAUGGUGCUGGCUUUGUUGGUAAUGACCUUGAUAUGACUGGGGAUGGUGAUGCCGAGGAGAUGAACUUGUUGCCGGUUCCUUCGGUGCUGGAGUUUUUGUUAGCUGGAGUUGAUAAUCAGUACGACUUUUGA